UCCCUUUUGCAGUUCACCAUUGGUCGUCGUCGGAUCGUGUGACCGCUGUUUUUCAAAGUGCCCUUAUUUAUGAUUCAAGAAAGUGAACAUGGCUAAGGCGUCCUCAAAAGAAAAAUUCAUUUUCGAUUUCGAAAAGCUAUUGCUAACAUUUGGCGAAAUAUGUCCAGACUUUGCCACAGAGCCCAACUAUAUGAAUGCCACAAUUAGUCGUCGCUUUGCCGAACAAGUAAUCUUUGAAUUCAGCAAAGAUGCCAAAAAGGCCAAGAAGGAGAAGAGAGAUCAAACCUGGAUCUUGAAAUUUGAGAACAUAAAGUAUCCGGUUAGAAUUAAAGUAACCACAUUCAAUACCAAAACACCACCACAAAUACAGCCAUCUCUGGUAAAUAAUUGCCUUCAAUUGAACUUCAAGCAGGCCAGUCUCCUGGCGGUUCACAAAUACUGUCAACUGGUGCCACAUCAGGUGAAACGUAAUCAGAUUGUCCUUACACCUCUGGCCGGAGCAGUUUUCAAUAAAAAUGAUUUGCCAAAGUUGGCAGAAGCUUUGAAUGAGCCACUCGAUAAACUGAUCAUGUCCAUUAUCAGUAGUAGCCAAACCGAUGGCUAUUAUCUGGCCCAUAGUCGCUGCCACAUUGCCCUGGUGGUGCUAAUGAACACCAUUUCCGAUCUUCAGAUGCGGUGUUCACUGCUAAAGAAAACUAUUAAAAUGUACAAGUUGCAUGGCAAGGACUUUGAUAUACAAAAAUUCAAGAUAUUCAGUGAAUUCCUAGCUAACUUGGGCACAAAAGCCAAGCCAUCGAUCGAUGAUGAAGUGGAGCAGCUUCUAUCACAAAUUUUGGCCAUGCAAUUGCCCAAGUUAAACAAACGAGACCAGACAAAAGAUGAAAAUGAAGUGCAGGAAAUUAAUAUUGAAAAUUGAAAAAUCAACAAGAAAUCAAUUUCUAUUUAAAAGUUAUUGUUUUCGAAAUAUAUAUGUAUAUAUAUAUAUAUUUUUUUUUUUUGCUUAGAAGCGUAAAAUGUUGCAUUUGAUGAAUUCUCGAAAUUGAUUUGAGUUUUUGAGACAUCUUUUAGAACAAUUUUCGAGCUUGCAUUAAGCAGAAUACUUAACAAAAAACAAAAAAAAAAAUUUUAAGUGCACUUGCAAUUUAAACUUGUAGCUAAGUUUAACUUUGUUCAAGCUUCUUUUUUACGCCCCCAAAAAUAAAAAAAUAAUAACAAAUAUCACUUCAUUGUAAAGUUAUAUUUAUAUUUAUAUAUUAUUCAUCAUGGCGGCAUUAUUAUACAAUAAAAUACAUCUAUAUUAUCCUAUCAGUGUUCAAUUCGUCAAAACUAAUUGCAAAUUGUACAUGAAAUAUGUUAACAUUCAAAACAAAAAAAAAACAAAAAUUUUAAGCUGAAGUAAAUGCUUUGUCUGUAUUAAUCGGCACUUAGCCCAGCUCCAAUUAUUUGUACCUACAUACAUAAGAUAUGUACACAUACAAUACUUAUAUACCCAUUAAAUUACUUUAAUUUGGCAUUCA